AUGGCGGACAUCGCCGUCGACAAGGGCGACAGUAUCCUUGCCCCUCGAUGGAUAGGGGGGCAGUUCCGCCUCACCAUGGAGGCAGAGCACCUCAUGGCAGAGGUGCACCUCGAGGCGGAGCACGCGGACAUUGUCGCCCCUACCGAGCUCUACACCAACCAAGCCUUCGUUGUGGAAAACACACCAUCCUCGAGGCAGUGA